AUGGCAGCACAGCAGGUCAAGCCGAAGAUCAGCCAGCCUCAGGCGGUUGAGUUGGUGAAAAGGCUCUUCAGACUGACACCAUCAGAAAUCCGCUCACUCCCGAGCUAUGAUGACCAGAACUUCUUCGUGGCAGUGGCGGGGGAAGGCGAAUACGUCCUGAAGAUAACAAACUCAAAGGACAGUAAGAACUCCAACAUGGUUGAGGUGCAGACAUAUGCCAUGACCUUCCUGCAUCAGCAUGGGCUUCCUGUCCAAUCAGUAAUACCCACCAUCUCAGGACAGCUCAUGAGUCUGGAAGAGAUGGGUAAGACAUAGGUGAUGUAAAAUCAAUCUCAGCACCCUUAAAAUGACCACAAUAAAAGCUGGUAUAUCCCAACCAGAUUUCUCAAAUCUGACAUGUGAUGUGUAAAUAACGUAUAAUUUUUCAUGUAUGUGUUUAUAUUAACAUCAUACCUGUAUCUCUCCACCCCCCUCACUUUUUUCCAUACAAAAGUCUUGUGCUUAAAUUAUCAUAUUCUCAUCUUUGACAGAUUGCGGUUAUGGUAGUCAGAAGUACCUGGUGCGGCUGCUGACUUAUCUGCCCGGAAUUACAAUUUCCAAGGCUCCUUUAACACCGCAGUUAAUGUAUGAAGCUGGCAAGACUGCAGCCAGGAUGGACCAAAUACUUCAAAAGGUAUAAACUGUAGAAACUUUCUAAAACUUUCCAUUUUACAACUGUCUGAAAUUACUGUUUUUAGUACUGUUAUGUGACAUUUUACCUCUGGUGUUGUCUUUUUUUUGCUACUUUGUUGUCAUCUUUUAAUCGUUAGAAAGGUAUUCAGUAAAUGUGUAAAAAAAAAGAUGAUGUCAGACCUACAUGACCGGCCGUCCCUGGAGGCAUUGCAACUUUACCAAAUGACAUCUAGUGGCCUAGCUCCUUAGCACUUUCCCCUUUUUUGUGUCUGCCCCCUGAAGAAAAGGAUUGAAAACCUUAGCUGAGUCCCUAUACUGAGCAUUAAAGUGGACUUCUUCAAUAGCAAAACAUUUCCAUUCAAAACAGCAAAGAUUAAGUGUUUACAUAUGUUUUGUAUUCAUUCUUCUACAUUUAUUUAUAUUUUCCAGAUGGUGCACCCUCAUCUGAAUGCACUACAGAGAGAGAAUUUCCUAUGGAGUCUGUCAAGUACUCCACUCCUGGAAAGAUAUGUUCAUGUGCUGGAUGAGGAACCUCUACAGGAAAUUGUGAAGUCUGUCAUUCGUCAGUACAAAACUUCUGUGGUCCCUAAACUAUCCAGUUUCCGCAAGUGUACGUUUAAUAUUUACUUAUUCGAUACUCCUCUCAUACAGACUGAUUCUUUCCUCUUUGUGAAUACUCUGUUCUGAUUGGCUGUUGUUUUUGCUUCAUUCCGUCUUGCCAAUAAUGAAAUGCAAAUUUUUUGAAAAUGCCCAAAACUUUUGAAAUUUUGCAUGUGUGUUUGGCCUGGUGAAAAUUUGGUCUCUUGUAAAAAUAUUGCAAAAAAAAAAAAAAUCUUGAAAUUAUCCCCUUAAGCCCACUUUUAUGGCUUACUUUCACCUACAUGUGUGGCCUUUGCAAAGUAAAUUUGUGCCAUCAAGCCCUACAAAAAAGUCCCUUGCACCCAUGCCCUAAACCCAACAGAAGUCAGCAGUUUAGAGUUGAAUGUCAAAAUUGGCCCCAUUUUUGUUGUCAAAAGCUUUCAAACUCAUCGAUCAGUGUGGCCAUGACCAGCCCUCGGAGAUACGUGUUUUGUCAUCAUUUUUAAUCUAAGCCAUGCACGCUCCAAUCUGACCUGAAUGCAUCACACAUAAUGAGGGUCCAAACCUGAAUGUGUUCAUAUGGCAAUAUUUCCUCCUUGUCAUUGCACUUUUCAGUGGCAGCAGGAAAUGUCAUGCUUUUUUCUAUGACUUGUAGUUCCAAUAUUGUCAAACAUUUCUGCUUUAUUUUUGCCCAGGAUAACUUUGAGAUGUUGAUCUUAACGUGUGCCAAAAAGUGUGACUUUUCACCAGAGGAUGUGCUUUUUUUUUCAAGGCAUUAACCACGGUGACCUCAAUGAUCUUAAUGUGCUUGUGCAACCUGAUGGGAGUGAUGGCUACAGGAUCUCUGGCAUCAUCGACUUCGGGGACAUGUACAGUGGCUACUACGUCCAUGAGCUGGCCAUGGUCAUUACAUGCAUGAUGAUAGAGCACCCUUAUCCCAUUGAGGCAGGUGGACCCGUCCUCGCCGGCUGGGAAAGUGUCCUUCCCUUGAACGAGGCUGAGAAAGACUGUCUCUAUGUGCUGCUGCUGUGCCGCUUUUGCCAGUUGUUGGUUUUGGUCCGGCAUUUUCUGACAUUGUAUCCAGACAAUGUAGAGUAUCUGAUGAUCAUACCCAAAAAGGUAAUUCACAUUCUCCCUCAGAUGUGGGAACUUGGCAAGGAGCAUGUGGAGAAGGUGUGGUUUCAGAGUGCUGCUCAGUUCAGAGGCCAAGAUUGA